AAAAGUGUAGCAUAGUAUGUUUGUGAUUUAUGUCGUUUUCGUUUUUGCGGUGGAGCUACACCGGUGCAGCACUUUUGCACCGAAAGUGUUCGUUUUUGAUUUUCGUGCUGCACCGGUGUAGCACUUUUUCUGCACCGCUCAAGAUAGUGCAGCACUCAAAAAUUCGAGAGUGUAGCGGGUGUACACCAUGUCCACCAAUCAACGUUUGCAAAGUUGUAAAUAUUUUGGUUUUUAUUCACGCACACCAAUGCAACUGCACCGAAAAUGUUCGGUUUUGCAGUGAAAAGUGUAGCACGAAGCGGUGUAGCACCGCUACAAAAACGAAAACGACAUUAGUUAAUCAACUAUCGUUAUUCUAUUGGACAGAGGUAUAUAAGAUUAAAGAAACAAACCAAAUCAUGUCCAAGCGUUGCUGUGCUGCUUCAUGCUUCAAUGCUGUAGCGACAAACCGCUCGGUUGAAUAUUUUGGUUUCCCCAAGAGCAACGAAUAUGCAGCGGCAUGGGCCAAAGCAGCUGGUCGGGAAGAUCUGCUCGACAAGAGUCUCAGCAAUAUUAUCAAGUAUUUCCUCUGCUCGGAGCAUUUUUCCGACGAUUGCUUCCAAGACCCACCGCACAAUAGAAAACUGAAGAAAACCUCCCGUCCCGUGGUGGUUCCGAUUCCGACGAUCUUUCACAACAACUUCAACGAGUGUGUUUCUAAAGCUUUGAAGGAGGAACGGACCUCUAUGAGUGUCAUCGAAGUUGGUAAUAUUGUGGGAAUUUCAGAGCAAAUGUCCAUUCCAGAAACAGUAUUUGUUGAUGACAGUUUAAAUGAAUCGGAAGAAGUACAAUCCCUAGAACCAAUAGUCAUAGAGGCAGUAGGCGACGUCGUAAUAAGCAACGAACAGCAAACGUCCGACUAUGCAGAGCCUACUGAUAUCGAAGUAAUCGAGCAAUAUGCUGAUCUGAAAGUCGAGGAAGAGGAGCACAAUUUGCCGUUUAUUGAGGAUACGGCCACACCUGAGCAGUUGAUGCACUCACAGCAAGAGUACGAUGAUGGUGACACUUUUGAGAGGACAACCUACACGGAGCUCAUUGUUGGACCAAACAGCUGCCGCCUAUGCCUUUCGAUCAAAGGGAACGAACUGUUCGUGCCGAUAUUCGACUAUGGCAGUGAAGUGGCCUAUAUUCUGGACACGUUGUUACCUGGGGCGGUGAAACCAGACGACGGAUUGCCGCAACAAAUUUGCUUAGCAUGCCUCGAAAGUGCCACCAGGUGCCUCAGCACGAUAGAAAAAUUCAAAGCAAUACAAGACAAACUCAAAGAGCUACAGUAAUGCAGGGAUUUCUUUUUAUUCUAUCCGAAAUGAUUUCCAAACAACGAAAAAAUAACUAAGGCUAAUCAAAAUUGUUUAAAAAACACAUAAAGCUAGAUUUUCAAAUCCACUAACUGUUAUUUUUAGUUAUAAUAUAUUUUGUUUGUUCUCAUCCUGAUUUGCCUUUUUGUCAUUCGUUUACUUCUGUUUCAACGAAUCUUAAACAAAGAAAAAUACAAAAAAAUAUGUGAAGUACAAAAUUACAGAAAUAAAAUUGAAACUUUUUGUACACUAUAGAUUUCAAAUCGGUAUCGUAUCACUAAUUUCUUCAUUUACAGGUUAACAUAAAAGUAUAUGCAAUAAUAUAGGAAGAUAAAAUUUUUCAGGAUGUAUCAAUAGUAUGCGUUGUUGGUAUCAUCAUUUUCAGUAAAAAUAAGUGGUCUUCUUACCUUGGCCUGU